AGAUACACAAGCUAAUGUCAAUUUUUACUUUGAAAGACGUUAUUUUCACUUCCGGGGGCCACAGCUGGCCCUGCCUACUUCUUGCACGCAGCCGUCCCUCCUUUGAAUACUCUCUCCUCCUGCUACCAACUUCUUCUCGGCUUUACAUAAAGACAGUCAUUUGCCACCAACAUCAUGUCCUCUGGAAAUGCAAAGAUUGGCCAGCCUGCCCCAGACUUCACAGCCACAGCUGUAGUGGAUGGACAGUUCAAGGACAUCAAGCUGUCAGACUACAGAGGGAAGUAUGUGGUCUUCUUCUUCUACCCCCUGGACUUCACAUUUGUGUGUCCCACUGAGAUCGUGGCUUUCAGCGACAGGGCAGAGGAGUUCCGCAGUAUCGGCUGUGAGGUUAUCGGCUGCUCCGUAGACUCUCAUUUCAGUCACUUGGCAUGGAUCAACACACCAAGGAAGCAGGGAGGUCUGGGUAGUAUGAAAAUCCCCCUUGUGGCAGAUCUCACCAAGACAAUCUCUAGAGACUACGGUGUGCUGAAGGAGGACGACGGCAUCGCGUACAGGGGUCUAUUUGUGAUUGAUGACAAGGGCAUCUUGAGGCAGAUCACCAUCAAUGACUUGCCUGUGGGGCGCUCUGUGGAUGAGACUCUGCGUCUGGUCCAGGCCUUCAUGCACACUGACAAACAUGGAGAAGUGUGCCCUGCUGGCUGGAAACCUGGGAGCGACACCAUCAUCCCAGACGUUGAGAAGAGCAAAGACUUCUUCUCCAAGCAGUAAAUGUGAAGGUCUUCUAGCUGACUUUGUAACUUGAGCACUUGCCUUCAGAUAAGAGGUGUCCCUGUGAAGCAGUAUCUCAUGGUGUCCAAUGUUUAAACCCCCACAAAAUUUCAGAAUUUAAGAUAAAUCCUUUGUUGCAAAUCUUAUCUUUGUAUGUCCAGUGUACAAUUGGUGGGGCAACCUCAUAGUCUCAAGCACUGAAAGUAUAGUUUUGUUCCUUUUUUCAGAAAAAAAGUAGAUAUUUUUCCUUGCUGUCAUUAAUAAUUUGUUACCAUCUUUAUUAAAAGAGUGGGAAAAAUUGUGA